UCAAGAUUAUUUAUAAAUGUUAUUUUAUAUUUUCAAUUGAUUCUUAAUCGAUAACUUGAUAACAAUAUAUGCUUGUUCACAAUAUUCUCGAAGAUACUUGGUAAUUAAUUAAUUGUUAAAUAUCAGGUAAUAUUGUAUGAAAAUGAAUGAAUUAGAAAAAUUUCCUGAUCAAUAUCAAUUCUCGAAUGAGCAAGUGUCAUCUCCAUCUGUUUUUAUUAUUGUUCAGUAUGGAAAUGAAAAAAAAUGGGUACAGCUAUCAGAGCAUUUUAUAUAUGCUGAUAUAAUUCACAAAGUAUAUGAAAUAUAUGCAUUACCUGACGAGCAAGAAAUUGAGAUUACUGAUCUAAAUGAUGUUUUAAUUGAUAAAGAUAUAUUGUGUAAUUUUAUACGUUCAAGUGGUCAUAACUUGACAAUUAAACUUAGACAGAAAAUAGUCAAUUUGUUAGAUAUAUCUAAAAAUAUAGUUGCUAAUGUUAUACAAACUCAUGGACUAAAGCAUGCUGAUGGUAGCACAAGUGCUGAUGUUAUACCAGUACCAUCAGAUGAAGCAAUUGAUGUCAAUGAUGACGAAGAGCCUUUACCAAAAAAGCCAAAAUUAAUAAAAAAAAUAACUGGUGACGUAGUUUCAUCUGAACAACUGAAAGAACUUCUUGUUAAUCACUCAUAUGGAGAUGAAAUAUUUGAAUCAUACAGUGAUUUAGGGUAUUUAACAAAAAAAUGUAGAAAAGUUGUUGUCAAUAUUGUGGCAAGUGAACUUUUAAAACAUAAAAAAAUAACUCAGAGAAAUCUUUGGAAUGAAAAAAAAGUUCAGUGUGCCAAAGCAAUUAUUGAAGUAUUCCCAAAGCUUGGUUCAUUAGAUUCUGGUUAUAAACAAUUUUAUGAUCCUGAAACGAGAUGUGGUUUUAUUUCUGAUGCCUUGGGAAAUUCAAGUAGACGGUUCCAAAAAAGAAAAACAGCAGUACCUCAACAUGAAAUAAAUAAUAAUAUCGUACAAGAACGAGUAGAUGAAAGUGAAGUAGUUAAUGAUGCAAUUGAAUUCAUGCAAACAGCAACAAAAGAUCAAAAAGAAUUAAUUAUUGAAAAAAUCAAAUUAACAUUUAAACUUCGACGAUAUAAAUACUUGGACGAGCGUUUUCUUGAGGUUUUUCCAAGAUUCUUAGAUAUCCCUGACCUGAUCAACGUAGAAUUCAACUUAUUGUAUCCAAGCAUUGAGCAAGAUAUAUUUUUAAGCUUGUAUCCUGAGUAUAUAAAUGCAAUUUUACAUGUUUUUGCUAACGAGAAAAUUAACUCGAUUUUGCUAGAUUGGGAUCGAGUUUCUAAUUCUCUCAUUGCACUUGUUGCACUUAUACCACCAACUGUACAUGGUAAAAAAUUAGCAUCUAGAGAUAAGCUGGUAAACAUAGUUACAAAGUUGAUAUUUUUCCAGAAGUCAGGAACUCCAUUGCAAUCGCCUUUAAAUCAAGGUCGUUCUCAGCCAAAAUUAAUUGCCAUUGGCCCAAGUAAACGAGCUAUUCAUCAAUAUUAUAUUGAAAUUGAUAACAAAUUUAUCUUGCUUCAAACAAUUAAUGUUGUCGAAGCAAUCAGCUAUCUUUUUAAAGCACAUUAUGUAUUUCAUGUAGAUUUUCAUAGUGACUUGAAAAACUUUUGGACAUUUCUUCAAAAUUAUUUUUUCAAAAUAAAAAGUAAUUGCACAACCAGUGCCAAUGAAACAUUUAAUGAAACUAAAAGAAUUGAUAAUAUUUUGGAAAAUGAUUUUGAUAGUAAUAGUGGUAAAGAAUCAAGUAGUAGUAAACACAAUAAAAGAGAUAUCACAGACAUUAAAAUACAAACUAAAAAUGAUAAAUUUCUUGAUUUCGUUCAAAUACCCUUGUUAGAUGAUUUAGUAUCAGCAUCAGAUUCUAAUGAACGCUCAAAAUUAUCAAAUAAAUUUAAAUUUGCUUUAGGAAAUAUAAUGACUAGUUACGAUCGAAAUAAAAUAUUUCAAAGACAUAUUGUUGAACCAGUUAAAAAAACUCAUGGCAUAAGAAUAGAUAAGAAAUUCGAUAAAGAUACCAAUACUUACGUGGAAGUACCGGUUACAAAUAGACUAACAGUUUUAAUUAAAGAUCAUCAUAGUCUUAUUAUUAAUGAAUUUAAUUCAUCAUUGAUAAUGAAAGAUCAUUUGAUAACACAUCUUCCAAUGAUUAUAAAUAAAAUGGGACCACCAAGAAUUCAUUGGACCAUGAGAUACGAAAACAUGACAUUCGAAAAAUUUAAAACCAUGUGCUUGAAAUGCUGGAAAGAUAAUUAUGGGUUUAUUGUUAUUGAUAAAGAUAGUGAAAUAAAUGCUGGACGAUACAGAAAAAAUUUUGAUACAUUUAUUAGCAUUGAUGCAUAA